AUGUCGAAAGAUUACACCGAUAGCCCCUUCGAUUCUCCGAAUUCAAUCAACAAAGAGAAAUCAGAUGUCGCGGCUGGAUCAUUCAGCUCAUUUUCAGACUUGGAGACGCAGAAGGCGAUCCAAGGAAGCGAAAAUUUCCAUCGUCUCGGCUGGAAACGUCUGACUAUUGUCCUUAUUGUCGAGGCCAUUGCUCUGGGAAGCCUUAGUCUCCCCGCAGCAUUUGCAACACUCGGCAUGGUCGGAGGUGUUAUUGCGACUGUUGGAAUUGGCUUGGUUGCCACAUAUGCUAGUUACAUCGUCGGUGCGGUUAAAAUCAAGUAUCCCAAGGUUGAACACUAUGGCGACAUCGGAAGACUGCUACUGGGAGAUUGGGGCUUCUGGAUAAUCACUGUGGUUUUUAUUCUCAGUUUGCUGUUGAAUGCUGGAUCACAUUGUCUCACAGGUAUCAUUGCGCUAAGUAAUAUCACCGGGAGCAGUGUUUGUACUAUUGUAUUUGGGUUGGUGUCCGCCUUGAUUCUCCUCUGCCUAUCUAUCCCACCAACAUUCGCCGACAUCGCCGUGCUGGGCUACAUUGACUUCGCUUCGAUUAUGAUUGCUAUCGGCAUCACUAUCAUAGCCACGGGGAUUCAGCGCACUCAGACUCCAGGAGGCAUGUCGAGUUCCAACUGGUCAGCCUGGCCAAAAGAAGGCACGAGUUUUACGACGGGGAUGGUGGCUAUCAACAAUAUUGUCUUCGCAUUUUCAUUUGCACCCGCGUUGCCAUCAUUCAUGAACGAGAUGAGAGCACCCAAAGAUUACACCAAAGCUGUGUAUGCUCUGGGCGGUAUUGAAAUUGUUCUCUACACACUGAUUGGGUCGCUGGUAUACGUGUUUGUCGGACAGGAUGUACAGUCCCCUGCAUUACUAUCUGCGGGGCCGCUGGUAUCGCGGAUAGCCUUUGGCAUCGCCCUUCCAGUCAUUUUUAUUUCUGGCUCCAUCAACGUCAGCCUCACGGCUCGCUAUCUUCAUACAACUGUUUAUCGGGAUUCGGUCAUACGUUAUGUGAAUACGAGAAUGGGCUGGAUCACCUGGAUCUCGCUCGUGGCAAUCCUGACAUUACUGUCGUGGGUAGUUGCCGAAGCCAUUCCGGUGUUUUCCAACAUCUUAUCCAUCUGCGCUGCAUUAUUCUCGUCGGGGCUGUGUUUUUACAUCCCUCCAGUACUGUGGGUUGUUCUUCUAAAGGAAGGCAGCUGGUUUUCGAAGUACAAUAUUCGAACUGCGUUUUACAAUGCGCUUGUAUUCCUGUUUGGAAUUGGAGUUCUCGUUUGUGGCAUGUACGCUAGUGUUGUCAGUUUGAUCCAAGCGAGCAAUGACGGUGUUGGUAGACCUUUCUCAUGUUCGUCUAGUUAG